AUGUCAGUUUGCCAACUCUCCCUCUGUCGCCCAGCAUGGGCAGUCGAUGUUGUGUUGCCUCAUGCCUGGCCAGCACCGACCCCAAUCCUGGCUGAGCUUCAAGAGAGGCAUCACGUCUGGUAUGGACUGCCUUCGCCCAUUGAUAUCUGGCUACAACAAUGUCUCGAUACACCCUUCCAGGCUGUAGAACACCCCAGUGCGAUGGAGGGUUCUUCCCUCGGUUAUGUGCUACUCUCAGAUUACAUGGAAUGUGAGUUCAAGGUCGUCAAUGACAGUCCUUUCUAUGAUCCGCCAAUGUUCAAGCUGCUGCUGGUGGUCCAUCUCCCUCCUGGCCUGCACCGCUUUAUCUUCAAUCUAUCAAGUCCUGUAGUAAUAAUGACCUUGUAUGAGGGCUCUGAGAUCUAUGACUACAGCAAGCAUUUUCAACAGCCCCAAGCAUCUAUGAUCAACAUACUGUCUCUCCUUUCAGCACAGGCCCAGAACAAGCUUAGUGCAGCCUCUGUUCGACAGUGGUGCCAGGCAGCUUUGCCGGACUGGUGGAACCAGCCAAUGGGAUCACGCUGUGGAGUUUGCCAAAACAACAAACAACGACAUCCAACAUCGUUGAUUGCUGGUCUCAACCACCACCUGGCUCGCCCCGACAUCUCGAGACGCCCCACGACACUCACGCUCGUCACAUGUAAGGAAGCCCCCAUCACGUACACAACACCUAUCACCCUGCCGCGUGCCCCUCCCCUUCAACAGGGAUGUGGGCUGGCGUAUCUGGGUCUACGGCAGCGCCUGCCCCCUUCUUUUCUCUUUUGCAUGACCCCACAACCACCCAACACCUCCCUUCCCCCACACUCUGACCGUGCCAUGUGCCCCUCCCCUUCAACAAGGGAUGUGGGCUAG